AUGUCGAGCCCGAUAAGUGAAACUUGCCGACCCGGUUUGUCCAGCAACACAAGUGAUAGUGAAAGUGUCGGACUGGUAAGUCAGCAAAAUUUAAGUAUUCCACAAUUUUGGCCGCACAAAAUUGCGUUGUGGUUUCGACUAUUGGAGGCACAGUUCACGUCCGCGCGAAUCUCCAAAGACGAAAUGAAGUUCAAUAUUACAAUCGCGAAUCUCGGUGAGCAGUGUGUGGAACACAUCGAUGAGAUUGUGCUGGACCCGCCUGCGACGGGAAUGUAUGAGUUUUUAAAACAAGAGUUAAUGCGACGCUUAUCUGAAUCAGACAGUUCGCGAGUGCGAAAACUCCUUGAAAGUGAGGAGAUUGGGAACCCCUCGCAGUUUUUCCACGACUUAAGGAAACUCGCGACGCCAUCGAUCCUCGACGAUUUUUUAUUAACCCUGUGGAAGAGUCGGCUUCCAACCAACAUGCAAAGGGUUCUAGCUGCAACAACGAACAAGACAAUUACUGUGCUAACUGAAAUGACUGACCGGAUUCACGAAAUUCGACCGGAGCGGGGACGCAUUGCCCAAACGUUCAGGAAGGAUGAAAUAAGUGCAUUACAAGGGCAGAUCAAGCAAUUGAAGUUACACAUUAACGCACUGACGAGGAACAGGGACCGAUCACUCUCGCGAAACAAGAAACGCCACCGAUCCCGUAGCCGUGAGUCCUUCACGGAACGAGGAAAUGGAAAUCCAGACUGGUGCUGGUGUCAUAAUGAAUAUCGGAACCGGGCGAAGAAGUGCAGAUCGCCGUGCACCUGA